AUGGGUAUGUUUGGACCAUGGGGUGAGAUGCAUUCAUCACAACACAGUACCAUCAACACAAAACUCUAUUAUCCAAUUGAAACCAAUGCACUCAAGCAAGUUCAUAAUGUCUACAUGGCUGCACUACCAAAGACACACUCUGUACUUGUCCGUAGGCCGUAUUAUAUUCGUCAAAUUUUUAAUGAUGACAAUCCACUAAUGUCUGAUCAGGCCUACGCCAAUACGGGAAAAGCACGUACAGGUUAUCACAACGAUGCCUACCUUUCCAGCGCAAGUGAUGCUGGCACCUUUGCUCCUGGCUGGUCACGAACUCAAGAACUUGCUUAUAUCAAUAAAAUGACUCGUUUUACUUUUUUUGGUGGUGAAUCAUUUGGUACUCCAAACGAUGUAUACAACAAUGCUAAUAAUGCAAUGUUAGAAUCCAAACAGCAACACAUGACGUAUCUUCAUCGAGAUUACUACAAACCUAUCUAUGAUGCAUGGGGAACUUCGAUUAAAGAAGACUUUACACGUAAACUUGGUUAUCGAUUUGAGUUAAAGAACCUUUCUUAUUCAAAAGAAGUAGCACCCGGCGGCAUAUUACAUUUCUCUUUGAAAUUACAAAAUAAUGGCUUUGCAGCAAUGCAUCUCAACAGGCCUGUCAAUCUGAUACUCGAUAGUGGUAAGACAGGUAGUGAACAUAUUAAAUAUCAGACCACCCUCAGUGUAGAUCCACGAACUUGGACACCAGAGUCAGGCAUAGUAAGCAUUGAACGCAAGCUUCGUAUUCCAGCUACUAUCAAUGAAGGCAUUUGGCAACUAUAUUUAGCUAUGCCAGAUAGUAGUAUACAGUUACAAAGUGACGGACGUUAUGCGGUUCGAUUUGCUAAUGAAAAUGUCUGGAAUGCCGACGGUACAAAUCUAUUAGUAGAAAACAUCUCCAUUACAGCUUCUGCUCCAGGUUCCCGUACGAAAGACAAUGUAUUCGAAGAAAUUGGUACGACUAGUACUGUUAACUCGUCAAUCCACCAUCUAAGUGCACUAAAAACAACAGAAUGGUUAACACUCUCAGCUACUUAUGAUACAGAUUAUUCUUUCCAUCAAGCUUUUAUUGAUGCCGACAAUAAUCGUGCGACGGGCUACCUUGUUGAAGGAAUAGGGGCGGAUUUUCUCGUAGAAAACAGUCAUUAUUACGUUCACAACGGCCAAAAAGGAAGUGAUUGGACAUGGCAACCCCUCAAUGGAACAGUUACAUCUUCAAUCAAUGGCUACCAAUAUGUUUGGCUGUUGUCGAUAGCUUACUUUGAAUUGCCGAUCAUGUUCUCUAGCAAGGUGCUUUUUGCAGGCACGACAGGCAAUCAAGCCAAAUACUCUUCAGUAAUAUCGGUCACCAUAACCAAUAACUAACAAUAAACAUAAGAGAGACUACAGUCUUCGCAAAUCAUUCUUAUGCAGACAUAAUCAUGACUGACAAAGGAUAUAAAUAUAUCGGCAUUGCUGUUACCUUCUAUUGGUCUCUCUUUUCUCUGGCCUCUCGAUAAUCAACAUAUUGUUUUUUCUGAUAUCUAUUUUUAAGGAAAUGGU